GGCGGGAUCGUUCAGUUGAGGAUCCGGAUUUGGUCAUCUUUCCCACGGCAGCUACAGUCGGCGUAACGCACGCACGUGAAUCCCCGUCCUUGCUGCAUCCUUGAGCUCAGUCUCUCUCUCUCUCCGAACGUGCAAGACGUUCUGCGGACAACUCUGCAGUGCUCGCGGUGCACGAUAUUGGCAUCGAAGAGUCCCCCAGCGUUCUUUGACACUGCAAAUUGCUACUACGCUACGCAACAAGCAGAACAUGGCUACCGUCACGGAAACCGCUGAGCUUCGUCGCCGCCGCGUCCCCAGCGGACGUCGCUUCUCCACUGUACAGGCUGGAUCUCACAUCACUCAUUCUCUCUGCCAGUCCCUACCCCACUCUCUCGAAGCUCUAGAUCUCCAUAAUGCGUCUCUCAUUCCAUCUCUCGCCACCCUACGCCAUCAAGUUCUCUCCUGUCUUGCAGAUCUCGAGGCACGUCUUUCCAUGCUCGACUCACCGAUAUCACCCGAGUCGCUCAAGACGAAAGGGGAGCUUACGGUGGAAGAGGCAAGAACAUGGGCCAGGGAUGGGCUGCAGAUGCUCCGUUCGAUCCGGGAUGAUGUCUGCUCCCACUUCCCUGACUUCAACCUCGAGAACGUCAAGUCGCACAUGCCCGACGUCUCGGGACUUGACGGUAUGCGAGCGCACUUGCCAGACAUGCCAGAUGUGCGCUCUCGAUUGCCUGACGUGGACAUCUCCGACAUGCGCGCUCGUCUCGACGACAUUCGCUCCCGGAUCUCCGAUAUAGAUUUCUAUAGACCUCGCGACUACGUUAACACGCUCUCGGAGCAUCUACAGUCACUUCAAGCACACUUAUCUUCGUUCGAGCUUCCUCAUAGCAUUCCCUUGUCAGCGAUGUCACCCAGCACUGCACUCGCCGACCUAUACGACAGAGUGAUCUCUUCCGAACUCAUCUCUGAGAUUUCCUCUGACCUACGGGAAGGCGAGAAGGUCGCGCUAGACAUUGCGUGUGCCGUCAAACAGUCAUUGAACGGGUCUCGUCUAAUCCAAUAUGUUGAUCUGCCCCACCCUUGGCGUAAUAAUCCUUUCGUCAUGCACGGCUACCGAUUUAUUCCUCUCCAAGAAUGGCCUCGUCUGAUUAUGUCCCUAUUUGCGUUGCACAAUGAGACUCUGAAUAUCCACACGCAUUUGAUACCCUUUGUGGCAUGGCUUGUCGCGCUUCUACCGUUCUCUCCAUUUUCUUCUGCCUCAGUUCAAACAGACCCUCCAGUACUCGCAUUCACCGCAUUCGCACUGCUCUGCCUGUUCACGAGUGCUCUGUGGCACACCAUGGCCGGAUGUGCACAUCCGAAAGGGAUGGAGCUUUGUGCGCGAAUAGACUACGUUGGUAUCGGCUGGCUUAUCAGCGCCUCUGUUGGGACUGUGGUGCAUUAUGGAUUCCGGUGUAAUCCGAUGGCUUGCAGCGUGUUCUUGACGCUGUGCUUGACGAUGGGACUCUCGGGAAGCAUUCUCCCCUUCACGGAGUGGUUCAACAAGUACGAAUACCGGGGUUACCGCAUCGCAUUUUUCGUGGCUCUGGCGUUCACAAGUAUCGCGCCGCUAGCCUGUCUUGCUUACCUCCACUCCACAGCCGAGAUGCUCGCCUUCAUUCGACCGAUCUCGCCCUCGUUCGCCUCCUACAUCGCAGGGCUCGUCUUCUACGCGACACACUUCCCGGAGUGCUACCUCUCGUCGCGCUGGGCGCAUUCGCAUGUGCUCGACCGAUUUGGCGGCGGGUCGCACGCGAUUUGGCACAUCUUCAUCGUCGUUGCGAUCAGCCAGCAUAAGGCUGGGAUGGAUGAGCUCAAGAGGGGUAUCGGAGAGGCGUGUUGGUGACGUUGGGGUUUGCGUCGGCGCUUGAUGUGCAGGGAUGGUACUCGGCGUUGCGCUGUGGUGUGCAGUGUAUGAUGCCCCUCGUGGUCUCUACCGUAGUAAUGCCUAUUUGCCGACUCUGCAUUAGUCGGUGCGGAGAUGAUAUGUUCACUUUGAUGAACAUGCGAUGGAACAAGACCUGGUCGAUGAGAUCUUACAUCAGACCAGCGUACAGAAGGACAUCUGAAGAGUCCUGGCACUCGAUCGUGGAAAUGUCAAUUAUCAAGCGGCGGAUGAGGCAGGGGAUGCGGCGACGGAUGCGGCGGCAGAUGUAACGUUCCCCG